AUGACGUCUCCCGCCCAAUUCCACGGCUGGCUGGGCCACGACGCCAAAGCGGCAGAGGGCAACAUGACAUGGUCGCCCUUCACCCCCAAGCCCUUCAACGCAAUCGACAUUGAUAUCAAAAUAUCGCACUGUGGGAUUUGUGGAAGUGAUAUCCACACGCUGCGCUCCGGCUGGGGCAAAACCCACUACCCCAUCUGCGUCGGCCACGAGGUCGUCGGACACGUACUCCGCGUAGGCAGCGCAGUGACGAAGUUCCAGCCCGGCGACCGCGUCGGCGUCGGCGCACAAGCCUUCUCCUGCCUGCGCGCCGACUGCCCAGAAUGCACACAGGGCCUCGAACAGCACUGCCCCAAGAUGGUCGGCACAUACGGCGGCAAGCACCCCGACGGCAGCUGGUCCAUGGGCGGCUACGCAACACACAUCCGCGUCCCCGCACACUUCGCCAUUGCGAUCCCGGCCUCCCUCCCCAGCGCUGCAGCUGCCCCCCUCCUCUGCGGCGGCAUCACCGUCUUCGCGCCCCUGCGCAAACACCGCGCCGGCCCCGGGAAACGCGUGGGCAUCAUCGGCAUCGGCGGCCUGGGCCACAUGGGCAUCCUGUUCGCCGCCGCACUGGGCUGCUCCUCCGUCGUCGCCAUAUCGCGCCGCGACGAUAAAAAAGACGACGCCACCGCUAUGGGCGCAACGCACUACAUCGCCACAUCCACAGACGCAACCUGGGCCCGCACACACGCCCGAACCCUCGACCUGCUCAUCUGCACCGUCUCCUCGCCCGACAUGCCCCUCGACUCCUACCUCAGACUCCUCCGCACAGGCGGUGCAUUCGUCCAGGUCGGCGCCCCUGAAGAUAAACUCCCGCGCGUCUCGGCGUUUAGUCUGAUCGGCAAGGGCUGCAGUAUUAGUGGCAGCCAGAUCGGGAGUCCGGCGGAUAUCGAGCAUAUGCUGGGUUUUGCGGCGGAGAAGGGCGUUAGGCCUUGGGUGCAGGAGAGGGGGAUGGGCGAGGCGAAUAAGAGUGUGGUGGAGAUGGAGGGGGGAGGCGCGAGGUAUCGGUUUGUGCUUGUUAAUGAUGGGGGGGAGAGGGCGAGGAUUUAA